AUGUGGCUGAUCGACACCACUACGCUUAGGCUCGAAGAAGUCGUCGAUCUGCAGGACUGCAAAUAUGCCAUCCUGUCCCACACCUGGGAAAAGGAAGAGGUUGAUUUCCAGGAGAUGCUGGCCGAGUCGCGACCGGCAAGACUCCUGAAGAAGGCCGGCUUUCUGAAAAUCAAAAAGACUUGCGAAGUUGCCAAAGAAAAGGGGUAUGCGUACGCUUGGGUUGAUACAUGCUGCAUCGAUAAGGCCAGCAGUGCAGCACUUUCGGAAGCCAUCAACUCGAUGUUCCACUGGUACAGAGAGUCAUCCUUAUGCCUUGCCUACCUGUCCGAUCUCAAGGUCAACAACUUCGAGCACGCAGAGAGCAAGACAGCGGAGUUCAUGAAAGAUUGCGUGUGGUUCACGCGUGGCUGGACGCUUCAGGAACCGUCAUGUCCGACGCCCCAAGAGGUUGAUGGUUUUGAAAUUGCGCCCGACCCAGUGUCCGACCAGCUGGCUGCCGCCACUCGCCGUCACAAUACCCAAGAGCCAUCCUCAAAGCGGCUCAAGGCGAUCCACCACGCUGGAAGGUUUGUCAUCCCCAGUGCUGCUCUUAACUUGAAUCGAGCGGGUACCUCAGUCUGA